AUGAUUCUAUCGUGGAUAAGGGCUGGAGCAGCUCCUGUUGAAUACACAGCAGCAAGGCUGGCAGUACUCUGUUUUUAUACUCCCACCUGCAGGGUGUUUUUUAGUAGAAGUCAGAGGUAUAAAACUAGUGUAGAAAACUAUGCUCUCUUCACUACCAGAACCACUAUAUAUUUAGAGUAUGAAGGAUCUUUAUUUGUGGAAUGGGAAAUUUCUUCAUUAUGUACUAUUUCAAAUAAAAGUUCACCUACAACAACACUGAAUUGUCCAGUUCCUGGUAGUCACAGGAUUAAACCACUAGUUCUAAAUGAGACAAGAGAGGAUAAAGAACGCUUUUUGUUUAUCUCUGAACAUUUGAAUUGCUUUUUGUGGUAUGUGUUGAAAAGUCCAGAGCGCAGCUCAGUUCCAUCCUCACAAAAUGAUAGCCAGGAGUUAACCUUAUGGGUGUACGAUCCAGAAAACGCAGAUCCCUCUGAACUGAAUCACACUGCAAUAUCUCCUCCACUAUAUUCUAAGACACUUAGCAAGCAGUUUUGGAAUUUGGGACAGGAACCUGUUGUUCAGACCUAUUUUAGAAAUACCAUAUACUUUGCUACUGCAUUUCCAGUUUUGGGAGUAUGGAAAAUUAAUGUACCUGCAGUGUCAGAUGACAUCAUAACUAAUAUCCAUGGAAAGCAAAUAGCUUUUCAGGACUGCUUUGUUCAAGAUAGUCCCUUUGUCAUUUCCAGGCCUGAAGAGCCAUUUCCUAACAAUGCAUAUGAUAAUUCCCUUUGUUCCCCGGCUGGUCGUGACCUCCACAUUGUGUGGUCUGCAUGUAUUCCUACAAAUGCACUUUUGUUGUCAGAAUUUGGAACUUUUCAUACAAAUGAUGGAUUCAUAACUUAUAAAGAAAUCAAAGCUCCGCCACAUGUUUUGGACUUUAACUCAAGUCAUAACGUAACUGAUAUUGUUUUAACUGAUGAUGGAAUCUUAUUUUUAAUAAUGGGGACAGUUUACAAAAGAGAGUCCAAUCGGUUUUUUAAACUUGGAUCUAAAUACAAUCUACCAGAAACAGGAAUAAUUGGAAUACAGUCAAGACUUUGGUGUUCAUCUGAGUAUCCAUUACAGGAUGGAAGAAAAUUAAGUACAGUAGCAGUAUGGACAUCAAGUGAACAAUAUCUAGGAUAUGGUGGCAAUGUGUUUGUUAAAAUAACAGAUACAACAAACCUAAAGAAGGCCCUAAAUUUCCCAAUAACUGCUUCUUUAUCUAUAGGCACUGUUUGCUAUGACUCACGCCCAUCUGAAGUUGCUUUGUUGAUGGCCUGCAUUGGAUGCAGCUCCUCUAGGGUGUUUUAUCUGUCAUCUUAUAAUGAAGACCUGGAUUUGUGGGUCUUAAGAGACUUUUCCUUAAAUGCUCCUCCCAGUGGUUUUAUGUUGAUGGAAUUUAUAUAUUCAGCAUCACCAUCUGUGCUGAUGUGGGACAAGAAGACAGUCUAUUAUAGCUCUAAAAACAAUACAGUUAAUGGAUUUCUUAAAAUGAAUGAGGCAAAUAUUGAAUCAUCAGCAAAAAUUCAAAAAGGCGCUAUUCAUCAACUGGUUAUUGACUAUUUUGGGAACAGUGUGAUAAAACUGAGAAACAAUAAAAUGUACUUUUUAAAAGUUGAAACAAAAGAAGCUGAGGCACUCCCUGCAUGGGAAGAGGAAAGUGAAAACAUAGUGCUUUACUUGAAUCCAUCUGGUAAUCUGUAUAUGUUGUUUAUCAAUGGUUCUAAAAUACACCGUGAGGACUAUCCCUUAAAACUUGAAGUAUUUAAUUUUGCACUGGAUUUUCAAGGUUUUUGUCCAUAUAUCGUAUUUAAGCACAGCAUGAAUUUAAAUGUCUAUUAUUUGGACAUGGGAGAUGAAGUGACAUUUUGGGCUCAGAUAGUCUAUAUGGAGAAUCUAGGUUUAUCAAUAGAUGUGGAAAUCUACAGGCCAGAAUUGCUGAUGCAGACAAUAGAUGUCAAUUAUGAAAUAGCUCGUGGAAUCUGUGCUAAAAACCAGACAAUAAAAUUUUAUCAUGAAAUGGACUAUAGCCAUGCACCUAAUUAUACAAAAGCAUUAAUUGCAUCCAGUGGUGUAAUGACAGUUGAACUACAACCUAGUUUAUCUGGAAAAACGUGUGCAUUAAACAACAAGCUAAGUCAUUUAUUUAUUGGCUGCCCUCCAUCAAGGCAUAUUCUCAUUCAUAGACCUUCAGAUAAAACCUGUAUCAAACAUAAUUUUACCACUUAUAAAAUACCUGGGAAAUAUCUGUGGAACCCAACAACUGAAGACCUGGUGGUAAAUUAUGAUUGGGAUAAGUAUGGUUGUCUAAUGGAUCUUCAUUAUGCAACACCUUUUCACCCUAAUAUUGCCUUAUAUGAUGGCACCACAUUUGUUGAAACAGUUGAGGCAAAUUUUAUAUUGUGGGAGAUUCAUGGCAGAAGUGACUACAGUUACAACUCAACUAUGAAGCAGGUGGGCUGCUUGCGUGAAGCACAGACUUGGAUUUCAAUGCUUGAAGAAAAUAAAAACAGACCAUUAGAUGAAAUAUGGAGUCCACAGAAUUACAGAACCUGCUUUGAAUCUCAAACUGGACCUCUAGGAGACCUAAAUCAGCUGUAUCAGAUUUUGAACCACUCCAGUUACAAUUCUCUCAUUUGGCCCAUCGAGUACAGUGGCAUUUAUGUGUUCAAAGUGAAGAUAGUGGAUCCAAACUUCAGUUUUUGUGACUUAAGUACAAUGUUUGCAGUCCGUACAUAUGGCAUAUUAGAAAGUCCACACAUUGGUAAGGUUGCUGGCUUUUCAGUCCUCAUACUGUCCAUUUUUGGGGGCAUCCUUGUUAUAAGCUACUUCCGGUAUGUGAAGAUUUUCCGAACACUCAGUUAUAUUGAUCCACUGUUAUCGCAUGACCAAUCAGAUCAAACAAGAAAGUCUACUCGUAAGUUGAAGAAAGACCAAUAAUUUAUCUACCACACUGAUGGCAUUCUUUGUAAAGAAAUUAUAAGAGUACAUUGCUUUUAAAAUAAUUGUAAUAUUGUUGGGUAGGUUAAGAGUUGUUUUCACAAAUACCUUUUCAUCUUUCAUAUAAGAUUAAUGUGACUAGUGUAUUUAGUUUUCAGUUCCCAUUUAGUUUCCAGUUCUUCUACUGAGUUUAACUGCCACUGGUUUCAUUUAUGUGUAUAGAUGGAGGGCUGUUUAAUAGCCACCUCUCAAACCAAAUUACACUGAAAUGCAGUUAUGAGCUUUAGGCUUGUGUCAGCCCCAAUUUAUGCUGGCUUUCACCCCCCAUAACUAGCAUGCAGGGAAUUUGGCAAUUUGAAAUCUGCGGGAUGGCUCUGUCACUACAAAGUACACAAAACUCCCACAUUAGCAUCUGUAUUGCAAUCAUUGCAGUCCCCAAAGUGAGCAGUGCUCUCUGAACAGGAGAGGACCAGGGCAGCAGGGAGAUAUGCUGAUGCAGGAUAUGGGCUCCUGUGAAACCCCAGUUGCACUUUAU